ACACCCUACUUAUAUAGCCUACCUGAAUAGCCUAUUUGUUUAAACCAUAUACGCACAAAGUUAGAAUGGUUCGUCUUCAGCAACAGCAUGUGCACUCUUUUAAAGGGUCGAUUCGUGACGCGUUCUUUUUCUGUAAGUGACUAGGCUAUGGUACGGAAGCCUGUUUCUAUUUUGGGGACGUAACUAAUUCUGGAGUCUGAAAUAUCGUUUUACCCGGUAAAUCACUUCCGUGACGCCGUUUCCAAUCUGGGAAAACACACUGUGUUUCAUAUAAUGCCUUUCUUCAUGUAUUGAAUGACUGUAGAAGUUGUGAAUUUAUUUUGAACCCACUUUAAGCGGCUAAUUGUAUAGCAGCUUUUAUUUAAGUUUUAAUGUAGCCUUCGCCCGCUGGAGGUCACUGUUUUAUGAAGGCUGUUUCUUCUGCACGAGAAAGCAAGGGGAAAAGAAUUGUAGGAGGCGAGCGGCGCCCCCCCGAAGAACGUCUCCGCUGCGCUGCUUGUACUGAACAAUUUGAAACUUCUGUGUGGAGCGUAGCGAGGAGCGCCGGGAAUCGAAAAGGAAGCCCUGGACUCAGGGGAAACAGAACCACUCGAUAACGGUCCAGCUCGGCUUACAACCGAAUCCUGGCACCAUGGACGACCUAGACGCUCUGCUGGCGGACUUGGAGUCCACGACAUCCCACAUCUCCAAGCGGCCGCUGUUUCUGGCUGAGGAGUCGUACUCCUACCCCACGGGACACGCCCCUCAGGAGAUCUCCGUCCCGCCCCCGGUGCCUCCGCCCCCCUCCGCUGAAGCCCUGAACGGCACGGUGCUAGACCCCCCCGAAUCACAGAACUCCUCCCAGCAGAAGGGGUGGUCCCAGGACAGCAACAGCCCCCCUCCAAACAAGAGCGAAGAGGAGCACGUGUAUAGUUUGCCGGUGAAGCUGAAAGCAGACCCUGCAGUGAGCGGCUGGGAGAUGGGAGACAACCUGUCAGAGCUGGACCGCCUGCUCCAGGAGCUGAGCGCCGUUCAACAAGCUCCGGCCUCAUUCGCCACCGAGGUGAAAGCCGCUCCCCCUGUGCCCUCCAGCAGCACCACAGAUUUCAUUCAGGAGAACGGGGUGUCAGCCGCCAGCGGGUGCCCCGUUCCCAAGGAGACGGCCAGCCGGGCCGGCGUGCGCAGCAUCGAGGAUGUGCGCCCGAGCGUGGAGAGCCUACUGAACGAGCUGGAGAGCUCCGUGCCCAAUCCUGUCCCCGCCCAUGCUGAGUUGACAGACGGGCUGGAGGAAACGCCCAGCCAGCAGCAGGCCCGAAUCUCAGCCUCCUCCGCCACCCGUGAGCUGGAUGAGCUCAUGGCCUCCCUGUCUGACUUUAAGACUGGCCCUGUGGCAUCUGUGCACGUUGAGCCCCUGUCCAAUCAGGAAGCAGACGCUGAGCCCCCGUCCAGUCAGGAAUCAGACCCUGUGCCUCUGUCCAAUCAUGAAGCUAACCCUGCACCUGUGACCAGUCAGGAAAUGGACUCUUUACAACUGUCCAGUCAGGAAUUAGACCCCACACUCCUGUCCAAUAAGGAAGCAGAUCCUGGGCAUCUAUCCAAUCAGGACGUAGACACGACACUUGUAUCUAAACAGGAAGCAGACCCCGCAACUCUAUCCAAUCCGGAAACGGACCCUGCACCUCUGCCCAAUCAGGAAGCAGACCCUGUGCCUUUGUCCAGUCAGGAGACGGAUCCAGAGCCCCUGUACAAUCAGAAAGCAGACCCCGCGCCUGUGCUUUGCCUGGAAAAUGACCCUGAACCACAGUCCCAGCACCUGCCCAAUCAGGAAACAGAUCCAGUGCUGAUGGUGACGGACUCUCUGGCUCCUUCCCCUCCGGUUUGUGACUCCCCUCCUUCAUGUGCCCCCGUGGAACUGGACUUUCUGCACAUUGAUGAAGAAGGAGGGGAGUCAGCCCCACCCUGCCGCCGUGAGGCAUCAGUCGUCUUCUCCCAGGUGUCCCAGAGCAAGUCCCCAAGUCUGCCCCCAGCAGACGGGUCCGCCAAACCCUGUGCCCCCCUGCUGAGCUCCCAAACGGAGUCCCACAUGACUCCUCCCAAUGCAGACCCCGCCUCUCCCACUACAGACCCGACCCCUCCCAUUGCAGACACCGCCCCUCCCACUAUACACCCCACCCCUUCCACUAUAGACCCUGCCCCACUCAAGGAAGACCCUGCCCCUCCCGCUGCAGACCCCACCCCUCCUACUGCAGACUCCACAUCUCCAUCUGCAGACCCCGCUCCUCCCAAACAUUCUACUGCCCCCACACCCUCUAAUGUUGUUGUUGCUGUUGCCCCCACUGCUCCAAGUCUCUCCAUCCCUCCUGCACCCCAUAGCCUUGCAUCUGCCCCUGCUGAAAUGGCCUCUUGCUCAUCUCUAAUCUCAGCCAAUCAGAGCUACUCAGAGCUGGGUGACCCCGCAGGCCACGCCCCCUCUCUGGACAUGGCGCUGGACGAUCUGCUGGUCCUGGGCUCCUCCCGCCCAGGCGGGGGAGGGGACUGGGGCCUGGACCUGGAGGAGGAGGGCGGGGCGAGCCGGGACGAGACUCUCACCCCCCUGACGGAAGCCAGCUGGAUGGAGGACUCCCCCACGCCCAGCUCCUGCCCUGGGACCCCGGAAUCUGCCCUUGACCUGCCCCCGCACCAGCUGACCUCUAUGGACAGGACCUCUGCGUCCGGCCAUGUAGGCAAACCGCCCCACCCUACCCUGGCGCGCUGCUCUCCUGAAACACACCCCCGCAAGGCAGAGCCGGGUGUCGCUCUCACCCCUGACCCCUGACCCCCCCUCCCCAGC